GGAUUUGUUUACAUUACGUGCCCGCAAAACAGCUUCGAAUUAUUCCAAUAAUUAACGUUUUCCUACAUUUCUAAAAGCUUAAAUUUUAUAUUGCAACUUCAUAACUAAUAAGGCUUAUAAUUGAAAAAAAUGGCUGAUUUAUUUAUGGCAAAUCUGAAUAAAAUUUUCGAGAGCAUCAAUAGCACGAUUCGGCUAGCUACCGAGUUUGGAAAUGAAGAACAACAAGAUAUCAAACCAUACGCACAACUUGCGGAAAAACUGGUUGCAAUUGAAGUAAAAUAUAAUGCACACAAAAAAGGGCUGCAAGAAUCCACAGGAGAAGUUACUCCCGAGGAAUUCGAACGGCGCUAUCAUGCUAAUGCUGUUACCGGCAAAAGCAGCGUCAAAAACCUGAAACGUUAUAAAGAAUUUGUGGCUCAGGCCAAACUUGUUCUGAACCCAUCCGACAAUACUUCGUCCAACGAACAGGUCAUUGAUGAGGACCUCCAGGUGGAAGAAACUAUUUGUGAUAUCGACCCAAUCACGAAACGGCCCCUUCAGGUUCCGGUUCGGAACAAGAGCUGCAAACACAUCUAUGAAAAAAGUGCCAUCGAGACGCUUAUCAAGAAUAAUCCUAGAACACGCUGUCCCGUGAUGGGCUGUGCAGCCAAACAAUACGUGAAUCUAGGAGAUUUGGUAGAAGAUAAAAUGUUGCAACAUAGACUGCGACUUCAGCGACAACGGAUGGAAGAGGAAGAUGAUUAAACGAUGAUUGAUUGAUGAGUAUGUUAAUAAAGACU